AUGAGGAACAUUGCUGCGGCCACUCGCCCGCUCAUAGCUGGGCCCCGGGUCCUCACCGCAAGGAACAGUAUCAGAAGCAGGACUGUGCGGGAUGGUGUUGUCUUUCCAACAGAUAAGAGGUUUUCCUGUACUGAGUGCGGGAAGUGUUUCCCUUUUAGAUCACAUCUUAAUGUGCAUACAAGAUCUCACACAGGUGAGAAUGUGUUUUCCUGUUCUGAGUGCGGGAAAUUUUUUGUAAAAAAAUCUGAAUUUGUAAAACAUCUGAGAUGUCACACGGGGGAGAAGCCGUAUUCCUGUCCUGAUUGCGGGAAAUGUUUUUCACAUAAGUCCUAUUUUAACGCACAUAUGAGAUUGCACACAGGUGAGAAGCCAUAUUCCUGUCCUGAGUGUGGGAAAUGUUUUUCAAAGAAGUCCUAUCUUAACAUACAUCAGAGAUCGCACACAGGUGAGAAGCCGUAUUCCUGUACUGAGUGCGGGAAAAGUUUUGUUCUUAAAUCAGUACUUGUCUCACAUCAGAGAUCCCACGCGGGGGAGAAGCCGUAUGCCUGCACUGAGUGCGGGAAAUGUUUUACAAAUAAGUUCAAUUUUUACAUACAUCUGAGAUUGCAUACUGGAGAAAAGCCAUAUUCCUGUACUGAGUGUGGAAAAUGUUUUGUAAAAAAUUCUGCACUUGUGAUACAUCGGAGGUCACACACGGGAGAGAAGCCGUAUUUCUGUACUAAGUGCGGGCAAAGUUUUGUAAAAAAAUCACAAUUUGUCACACAUCGGAGGUCUCACAUGCCGGAGAAGUCGUAUUCCUGUCCUGAGUGCGGGAAAUGUUAUUCGCAGAAGGCUAGUCUUUCCAAACAUGAGAUAACACACAUGAGCUUGAAGCCGUAUUUCUGUUAUGAGUGCGGGAAAAGUUUUUCACAGAAGUCCACUCUUAUCACACAUCAGAGAUCUCACACGGGUGAAAAGCCGUAUUCCUGUCCUGAGUGCGGGAAAUAUUUUACACAGAAGUCCUCUCUUUCCACACAUAAGAGAUUGCACACGGGGGAGAAGCGACAUUCCUGUCCUGAGUGCGGGAAACAAUUUUCAUUGAAGUCCAGUCUUAAGAGACAUCAGAGAUCUCACACAGGGGAGAAGCCGUAUUCCUGUCCUGAGUGCGGGAAAUGUUUUUCAGAGAAGUGCAAUCUUUACAUACAUCAGAGAUCUCACAUGGGGGAGAAGCCGUAUUCCUGUCCUGAGUGCGGGAAAUGUUUUUCACAGAAGUCCAAUCUUACCACACAUCAGAAAUUGCACACGGGGGAGAAGCCGUAUUCCUGUCCUGAGUGCGGGAAAUGUUUUUCAAGAAAGCCACAUCUUUCUAGACAUCAGAGAUCUCACACGGGAGAGAAGCCACUUUCCUGUCCUGAGUGAGGAAAUCGUUUUUCAUCGAUAUUUAAUCUUUACACACAUAAGAGAUUGCACAUGCAAGAGAAGCCGUAUUCCGUCCUGAGUGUGGGAAAUGUUUCAAACUAAGUCCGGUCUUAACAUACAUCAGAGAUCUCACACGGAGAUAGAUCCACUUUCUCUUCUUCUCUAUUAGUGAGUGCGGGAAAUGUCUUGUAUAUGAAUGUUGCUGGACAUGCGGGGAAGAAGCACACCCUGAUAUA